AUGCUUAUUUUCCUCGAGGUCACUGUGAAGAAUGCUUCCAAGGAGCGAGCGCACCAGAACAAGAGUAGUCUUGUUUCUGAUAGGCUUCCACCUAGUAUUACGGUCAAGCUUGCGGCAUGCCUACAACAAGAACUGAUCCUCUUGUGCCGGCUUUACAGCAAGAGGCUCACCGGUAUUCUGGUCGACUUCCAUGGCUUGAUCCCUGCCACGUUCGCCCCUAUCCUGGAAAACCUUCAGCGAAUCCAACUCGAAGGAGAGUUGGCAUUCCAAAAAUGGAUCUUGCCAGGCCGUAAGGAUGAUGAAGAUGGUCACAGCAUACCCCCACCGGCAUACGCGCGCAAACCAGGAUUUAUCUUUCCCCUGACUUCGAUAACAAUUGUUGGAGCCGAAAAGGUUGCACUGGACCCGAGUACCCCUGAGUCUAUUGACCUCUUGAAGCUGCAAACUCAAACUGGCCUCGACCAUGGCCAGUGUCAGGGACUUAUCGCUGCUCUCACUCGAGAGUAUGCCCUCAUCCAAGGUCCGCCGGGCACCGGAAAGUCCUAUUUGGGUGUUAAGCUUGUUCAAGCUCUUCUUGAAAUCAAGGAAAAGGCGAAGCUAGGCCCGAUUAUUGCGAUUUGCUAUACCAACCAUGCCUUGGACCAAUUCUUCAAGCAUCUUCUUGAUGUUGGUAUCCAGAUUAUCAUACGCAUUGGCGGCCGCAGUCAGGCCACUGAGCUUGAAGGCAAGAACCUUCGCGUUGUCAGCAAAGACAUUGGGAAGACGAGGGUAGAGUCGCAAACCCUCGGCAUGUCCUACGGGGGACUUGAGGAUUGUAUGAAAAAAGCUGGAUAUGCAAUGAAACCUCUACACCAGUCUCAGAAAGGCCUGUCUUGGGCCGCGAUGGAGCAUUUCUUGCGCCGCAAAUGGCCCAUUAUACAUGAACAGCUGGAGCGACCCGACCUGGACGGAUUCACAACUGUCCCUAAUGAUAAGUUACUCAAUUGGAUUGGAGCCAAAUCGAUGAAAUUCCAGAGAGACCAGAACGAGAGUGAAGUUGACGAUGUCCGCUUGGAAGGUCUCACACGCGCGGCCAAGGAAAAUAUUCACAGUCUGUCGAUUCCGGAACGCCGGAUCCUUGCAAUGAGCUUGUUUAAACAAUGGCAGGACACCGGAACAGCCUCACUUUUCGAGGCUCUUGAUCGCGCUGCAAAUCUUCGCGAGGACAUCAAUGCAGUCCAUGAAGAGGUCAAUCGCCGAGCCCUGAUUCAAGCAGAUGUGGUAGGAAUCACGACAACAGCCCUUGCGCGCCAUAUCGAGACACUGCGCCGCACAGGAACAAAGGACAUUAUAUGCGAGGAAGCAGCUGAGGUGAUGGAAGCCCACGUCAUGUCAGCCCUCAUGCCAGGCGUUGAGCACUUUAUUCAGAUUGGAGAUCACCGACAGCUGCGGCCACAGAUUCAAAAUCAUACACUCAGUCUUGAAACAUCUACAGGGAAGUCAUGGCAGCUUGACAGAAGCCAGUUUGAGAGACGCGCUGUCGGUGAGCCAGGCCUUAAGCCUGCCCCUGUUGCGCAGCUCAAUGUACAGCGAAGAAUGAGACCUGAGAUCUCGCAGCUUAUCAGGAGUAUCUACCCAAAACUCGAGGAUCAUGAAAGCGUGACGACUCUACCCAAUGUUAUUGGAAUGCGGAACAACCUCUUUUGGCUGGACCAUCGACGCGGUGAAGACUCUGAAGAUGACGGCAGCCGCAUGAAGUCUCAUAGCAAUCAGUGGGAGGUCGAUAUGGCUACUGCACUAGUUCGGCAUCUUGUUCGGCAGGGAGAGUGCAAGAGCGCAGAUAUUGCUCUCUUGACGCCUUAUACCGGGCAGCUGCGGAAGCUCAGGACAUCGCUCAGCAAUGAUUUCGAGAUUUGUCUCAGUGAGCGAGACUUGGAAACCUUGGCCGCGGAUGGGUUCGAGAAGGUUGAAGAUGAGAAUCCCGAGCCAUGUGGUCACAAGGCAAUCGAGAAGGAAACGUUGCUCCAGACGCUCCGCCUUGCUACUGUCGACAACUUCCAAGGCGAGGAGGCAAAGGUGAUCGUUGUCUCCCUAGUUCGCAGCAACUCAAAGCGCAAGGUUGGCUUCCUACGCACCGAAAACCGCAUCAACGUGCUCCUCAGUCGAGCUCAGCACGGCAUGUAUCUUAUUGGAAAUGCCGAAACAUACCUCAAUGUCCCCAUGUGGGCCGAUGUCCACUCCCAGCUCUUCCGUGCGAAUGCAGUCGGCGCAGAGUUGGCUCUCUGUUGUCCUCGCCACCCAGACACGCCUAUUCUCUGUUAUGAGCCUCACGACUUUGAGAGGAAGAGCCCUGAAGGUGGGUGCAGUCUCCCAUGCACCCGUCGACUCGAGCCAUGUGGUCAUCUAUGCUAG